AUGCCCGCACCCAGUCCGCGCAUCUCGUUCGCGCCGCCGACCCCGAACAACCUCGGCACGGUCCGGAAGCUCAACUCUGUUCUCUUCCCGAUAAAAUACAGCGAGAAGUUCUACGAGAGCAUACAGAGGCCAGAACUCGAAGAUUUCUGCAAGCUUGUAUACUACAAUGAUGUCCCAGUCGGCACGAUAUGCUGCAGGAUAGAGCCAGAGGGGAACGAAGCGAAGUUGUAUAUCAUGACGAUGGGCAUUCUUGCGCCUUACCGCUCACGAGAAGUCGGCUCGAAAGCCUUGCGAUCAAUCCUCGAUGCCGCGAAAGCGCACACAAAGCCCAAGAUUACCAAAGUCUACCUGCACGUACAAGUGAACAACGAGGGCGCGAAACGGUUCUACGAGAAACACGGGUUCAAGGAGACUGAGCUACAAAAAGACUACUACAAGAAAAUCGAGCCACACGAUGCCUGGGUCCUUACACUAGAAGUAUCCUGA